AUGACGGAUUCUGACAGUCAAAAUGCCUCGAUUGGGGACUAUGAUGAGGAGGUCGAGUAUCUCAGCGACGAGGAGGUGGACAUCAUGUCCUACUCACCCGAGGACAUCCACCGACCGGCGCCAGCCCCCGAGCGGAUUUCCGAACAAAACAACGCGUCAAGCUCCUCCGGGUCAUCGAGCUCCAGCUCAAGCGGAUCGGGGAGUUCCAGCGAAGAGGAAGAAGAAGGAGCCUCAUCAGACAGACAAGCCAUGGCAGAAUUCGGAGACGAGGAUGCCCCCCUUCCCCCGCCCGCCAAGAUCUCCCUUGGCGGCAAGAAGAAGGCGAAGGUGAAGCCAGCCGGGGAAAAGGAGAUCCCCUCGUCCCGACCGCUAAGCGCCUCGACCGUGACGACGGCCGAGGGCUUCGUCGUCGAGCCCUCAGACGUCCUGGUCACCCGGGUGGAAGUCGCCCGUGGUAAGGAGAAGGCCGAGCUGGAGAAGGCCCAAAAGGGCCUAAAGAAGAGCGAGGAAGACCGGGUUCUCGCAGAGAAGGUCGCUCAACGGGCGAUCGGGGAAGCCAAGGAGCUGAAGGCCCGACUCGACAAUCCGAGCGAGUUGGUGCAGUCUGUCUUCAAGGACAGCGAGUCGGGCUCGGCGUUUCUCACAGCGGCCCGGGGAACAAAGGUCGGAGAAGACCUAAUCCUCUCUUUUGGACGAUGGGCCUUCAAAGCCGGGCAACGCAAAAUGCUCGAGCGGGCUCGUACCCGGAUGGAGCAAGCUCUUGAAGGAGACGACCUCCAGCUGGUCCUAUCGACCUUGCCCCCAGACCUAGCUGACCCCGGUCCCUCUCCCUUCGCUCCGAAAGAAAGGGCGGCCGAGCCUGGUGGAUCGUCUGCGGCCACUCCGAGCGGGAAGGAAGCGGCUGCUAGAGCUCAGGAAGUGAAGAAGUAG